AUUCUUUUCUCAGACUGCUGUGUUUUUCUUUAAACUGACAGUUUAAAAAUGUGUGAUUCAUAGAAAGUGACAGUCGUUAUAAAAUACCAGCUACACCCAAAAUCCUACAGUAUGGCAUUAACUUGGUAUUUUUAAAUGGAAGGGCAUGGCUUUUGCAGUUUACAUUCUUAAAGUGAAUAUCUGUGGUUAUCUUCAGUCCAAGAUCUGGAUCUUCUCUUUAUCUGCAUCUGGUGAGAAUAUUGAAAUAUAGGAUCUGUUUGGAUGACUUAUUUUGUUAAGUGCAAUGUAUAUGUGAUGGAUUACAGCUAUAAACAGAUUUAUAUACCUGAUAUGGUCGUUAUAUUGUUGUAAGUAUGAAUGGUUAAUCUCUAUGCGGUUUGUGUGUGUGAUAAAGCUGUGAUGCUGGAAUUUUCAGCAACGCGGAAGAGGUGUGACACCAGCCGGUAAACGCCAAAUAAUGGCCUGGAUAAAAUAACUGAAAAUAUAAAUGGAUCCAGAUCCACAGAGUCCAGUCCUGUGCCGCAUGUGGCGCUGUGUUUGCAGCAGCAGUGAGAGAUGUAAGGCAAACUGGAGGCAAAAUUGCAGUGUUCAUACCAAUGCCAGGAUUGUUACACUAAUGGGAAUACUGUCUGGAUGUGGCCUCCUCAUUGGAUUUAACAAAAACAAGAUUUAAGGAUUUGUUUAACCAAAAAAUACAAAAAAAUAAGGUGUCUAAGGAGUGAUUUUCUUGUCUUCACCCUGCUGCAAGGUCUAUCUCUCUGUUGCUCGGGAGCACGUGGUAGGUCAGACAUGUCUGCCAAGGCUCCCAUAUACCUUAAAAGACGAAGCCGCAAAGGAAAGAAGGAAAAACUACGUGACCUUCUUUCGUCCGACAUGAUCAGCCCCCCACUCGGAGACUUUCGACACACCAUUCACAUUGGCAGCGGUGGAGGUGCUGACGAUUUUUUCGGUGACCUGUCUUUCUUACAAGGUAAAUUUGACCUGUUACCGGGGCAACCGGGUCCCCAAGGGACACUCCAAUUAAGUCGCACUACAAGUGUAACCAGUCACCCACCAGCCAAUGAAACUUCACCUCUGUUAAAAAACGCCUUUUCGCUUCCCAUCAUCGGAGGAGUGCAGGCUCUCACGCUUCCUGCACCAAACCCAGCACUGACGACCACCGAGGUGCAGACCACCUCAUCCUCGCAUACUACUGCCUUAACAAAAACGCCAUCAACAUCUCCAUCUCUCGCACCACCUCCUAAACCUCCGAGACUGCACCUGGAAGAGCGAAAUUUGGAUCAGCCACGUCCUGCGUCUCCAAAUCGUUCACACCAUCAUCCGCACACAUAUGAACCAAGUCAAGAUACUGAGGAAGAUGAGAAGUGCGUAAGAAAUGGAGAGGGAGAGGAAAGGCAAUAUCUCUCCAAUGCUGGGUCUCUCCUGUCUCUUCAUCUAGACCUGGGUCCAUCUAUCCUAGAAGAUGUGCUUCAGAUCAUGGACAACCAAAGAAUAGGGACAUUUGGUGGGGGACUUGCAUCAGGUGGACGACAUGAGAUAUAUACCUGAGAGUGAUCCUGUCUGUGAAAACCCAGCAAUAUACAAUUUAUAAUGUUUUUUUGUACAUAAAAUCAUCCUAAAUAAUGUAAAGAACAUAACCUUGAUAUGUUUGACCGAGUCAAAUAUUGAAAUCAAUGAUUAAAAUCAAACUUUAAUGCUCCAAAUCUCAUCAUAAUGAGACUUUAUCCUGGAUUUCACAGCGCAUAUAAGUGAAAGCUUGAUUGUACAUAAAUGGAUUCAUUACAUUUUUCUUGGUGUAUUAAAACAUUUUGUACUCUGAGAAAGCUCUUAUUUACCUGCUGUACCUGCUGACAUUUCCUGAAGAUUUUGAGUUUUUUGCUUAUUAUCCAACACAUGUAGGACAAACCAGAGUUACAGGUUUGAACCAAACAAGAAGUUGUGUUGCAAUGGAUCAUGUUUGGAGCUACGAGCAAUUGGUCAGUUUAUGGGCUUUAAAAGCACUUACAGAUCGAUUUUUAAACCCAAAAUCGAUUUACAAUUUUAUCUGCUAGUAUUUAAAUGGUCUGUAUGUACUAUUACAGAGUAACAACAUUCAGGCCCACGGUCAACAGAAAAAGAAAAACUCAAAUUUCUCUCUGAAAGCUGCGAUGACAUCAUCUCUCCCCCCAUUGUUGUUGCAAUUGGUGUAAGCGGGUAAAAAUGUGCAGCUCCUCCCUACUGAUCCGGACACACGCCAGAAGCCCUCCGUGUCUACACCAUGAAUUUGAAUUUUUUUUUAGUUACAAAAAGUUUUCUUCAGAAAAAGAAGCCCGAUGGCAGAAACAAGAUAUAGUUUUUCAGAAAGCAGGGAUAUACUUUACACUUUCUGCUGUGAUUGGUAUCUGCUCUGCCUUUAGGCUUUAAUGGCUGAUCAGUUUUCCAGCAUCAGUGGUCUUCUGAAUGCAAAAUGAGGCCUGAGAGGGGCUUGUGUUUAUAUCACCAUGAUGUAACCUUCCCCACACGGGGUACUUUUUUGUGUCAGUUUAUAGCAUUAUAGUUUAGUAUGUUUUCAUGUACUGUAAAGUUAUACCAGACUUAAAAAUACUUUACAAGGUGCUUUAAAAUGACAAGAUAAGGACAAAAGAUGAUAAAGUAAAUAUUAACAGAUGCAAUGUUGCAGUCAGCUUGUAAUUAUGCUACCUUUGCACCUUUGCUUAAAGUUGCCAGGGUUUAUAAGAAUAUUAUUUUCUGUCCACCAAGCAAAAAUACUGUUUUUAAA